AUGGGAAACUGUGUAUCACUGUCAUUAGAUCAAGUCUUGCUUCAAGCCUGCAGCUGCUUUUUUGGUGAUGGAAAUUACAUUCACAGGAUGGAGGCGAAUCUUGAGGCUCUGAAGAACACCAAGGAAGAACUGGAGCAAAGACGAGCUGAUCUAUUAAGAAGAGUUGUGAUAGAAGAAGACAACGGUUUGCAACGGCUUGCUCAAGUCCAAGGAAGGUGUUCAAGGGUAGAAGGUGUUGUAUCCCAAGUCGAUGACCUGCUUGGGGCUAGAUCAACUGAAACUAGAACAUUGUGUCUGUUCGGAUAUUGUUCUGAGAAUUGCAUAUCAAGCUACGAUUAUGGUGAGAGAGUAUUCCGGAAGUUGAAAGAAGUUGAGGCACUCCUAUUUAGAGGGGUUUUUGAAGUGGUAGCUGAAAAUAGUCCUGCAUCAAAGGUGGAGAAGAAACAUAUCAAAAGCACAGUUGGUUUGGAAUCGAUGGUUGAUAAGGCAUGGAACUGCCUCAUGGAAGAUGGACCAAGAACUUUGGGUCUUUAUGGUAUGGGGGGAGUUGGCAAAACCACCCUCUUAGCUCGUAUCAACAACAAAUUCCUCGAAGUGCUGAAUGAGUUUGAUGUUGUGUUGUGGGCUGUGGUCUCUAAAGAUUUGCAAACUGAGAGCAUACAGAAACAGAUUUUGAAAAGACUAGGUCUUGCCAAGAAGUGGGAACACGAAACAGAAGAGGAGAAAGCCUCUGCCAUAUACAAAAACCUUGAAAGAAAGAAAUUCGUGCUGUUAUUGGAUGACCUGUCGAGCAAGGUAGAUCUGAACAAGGUAGGAGUUCCACCUGUAACUCUCCAAAAUGGGUCCAAAAUAGUGUUCACCACUCGUUCAAUGGGAAUUUGCAAAGACAUGGAAGCUGACGAUGAGAUGAAAGUUAAUUGUCUGUCACCUGGUGAAGCAUGGGAAUUGUUUCGAAAGACAGUUGGAGAAGUCCCUUUAAAGAGCCAUGAUAUUGCCACACUUGCAAGAAAAGUUGCAGACAAGUGUUGUGGUUUGCCACUUGCACUUUAUGUCAUUGGCAAAGCCAUGGCAUGUAAAGGAACUAUACAAGAAUGGCGUCAUGCGAUCAGUGUUCUGGAUAAGUCUAGCCACGAGUUUCCAGGUAUGGAAAAACAGAUUCUUCCCAUUUUGAAGUUCAGUUAUGACAGUCUAAAGGAUGAAAAGGCCAAAGCGUGCUUCCGAUAUUGUUCUCUGUUUCCGGAAGACUAUGAAAUGAAGAAUGAGGAGUUGAUGGAAUAUUGGAUAUGCGAAGGGUUUUUAGAUGUGGAUGGAGAUGAAGAUGGACCUAACAACCAAGGCCAUGAUAUAAUUGGUUCGUUACUUGUUGCACAUUUGUUGAUGGAUUGUGAAUUCACCACAGCGGAAGUGAAAUUGCAUGAUGUGAUACGCGAGAUGGCUCUUUGGAUAGUGUCUAUCUUUGGGAAAGAUAAAGAAACACAUUGUGUGAAACCCGGUGCGAGGUUACGCCAGAUACCAGAGGACAUCAAAUGGGAAGUUGUGAAAAGGAUCUCUUUGAUGAACAAUCAGAUUGCAGAGAUAUCUUGCAGUCCAAAAUGCCCCAACCUCUCGACCCUCUUACUUCGGAAUAACCAGCUGGUGAGUAUUUCAGGUGCAUUCUUUCAGUUUAUGCCAGCACUUGUGGUCUUGGAUCUUUCAGGGAACAAAGACCUUGUUGGAUUGCCGGAAGAAAUUUCCAACUUGGGUUCCUUGAAAUAUCUUAACUUGUCAGACACAAGUAUAAAAUCGUUACCAGUUGGUUUGAAGGAGUUGAGGAAACUAAUCGACUUGAAUUUGGAAUGUGCUCAUCAACUUGAGAGCAUUGCUGGGAUAGUUAGAAAGUUUACCAAAUCUGCAGCAACCAUAGAAGAUGCCAAGAUUUUGGAACAGAUACAAGGAAAAGAACGAUUGGCGAGUAGUAUUCGAGCUUUAAGUCUCAGGGAUCUGUCUGCAGAGGUUAUAAAACUAAACGCUGUGGCUCUGAAAAGUCUUGAACGGUUUGUGAUUUUCACCUCCAACAUAUAUGAGAUAAAGAUAGUUUGGGAAAGCAACGAAACUGGGGAGGUUCCAGGCUUCAAGCAGCUCUUCUCUGUUGAUAUAGAAGAUUUGGAAGGGCCAAAGGAUCUGACGUGGCUUUUGUUUGCUCAAAAUCUCACGAGUCUAUGUGUAGAUCGGUCACCAAAGAUAGAAGAGAUCAUAAAUAAGGAGAAAGGAAUGAGUAUUACCUUGAUGCAUCCAAAUAUUUGUGCUCCCUUUGAAAAGCUCGAAUCACUUCACUUGAAUGACAUGGCUGGGCUCAAGAGAAUCUGCUGCAAUCCUCCAGCUCUCUCAAGCCUGAGAACAUUGAUUGUGGAAAACUGUCCUGAGCUGCCCAAAGCCGCCACUGUGUUCCCGGGACGGGUUUAG